GCCGCUCGCGAGUUUCGCGUGCGGCCCGUGGCACGCGGACGUCCCAUUCGGCCCUCGUCCCAAGCGGAAGGCCAGGAAAGGCGCCAUGGCUGCGAUCAACAUAGUGGCUCUGCUGUUCAUAAUCGUGUACUACGUCGCAGUCGUUAUCGUGGGCGUCUGGGGACGUCGCAUGGGGCCCCUGACGCAGAGCCACUCGAUCGGCCCGCAUGGGUCUCGCACAUCCAGGCGGAAGAUUGACGACGACGACGAUGACUUCCUGCUCAGGCUGUUCGUUGCCAAUCGGGAGUUGCCGCGGCUGCUCGGCGUCGCCUCUAUGAUCGCAACCUGGGUUGGAGGCGGCUAUCUGAACGGCACCGCCGAGGCAGUCUACAAGUACGGCAUCGUCAACUGCCAAGCUCCGCUUGGCUACGCGAUGAGCCUGGUUCUUGGCGGCACUUUCUUCGCGACCAAGAUGCGGCUGACAGAUUCGCUGACGAUGCUGGACCCGUUCCAGACGCACUACGGCCGCUGGUCGGGGCUGAUGUUCUGCGUGCCGGCCGUGCUGGGCGAGUUAUUCUGGACGGCUGCCAUACUAGCGGCUCUGGGCGACACGGCGAGCGUGAUCAUCAAGGUUGACUCUCGGUACUUCAUCAUCAUCUCCGCGUUGGUGAUCUACUUCUACACGUCGCUGGGUGGUCUCUUCGCGGUCACGUACACGGACGGCCUCCAGCUCGCCACCACCGCCAUACUGCUGUGGAUAUGCGUGCCUGCGUGCGUAUCUCACAAGGCGGUGGGCACUCUGGGUCCCCAGUACACAGACUGGAUCGGCUACGUCGACAGCGAGGAUCUCAGCCAGGUUGUCGACUUGUUCCUCAUGACGGCGCUCGGAGGAAUCCCGUGGCAGGUCUACUUUCAGCGCGUGCUUGCCUGCAAGGACGUGGCGGAGGCCAAGCUUCUUUCGUUCAUGGCGGCCUUGGGUUGCAUGUUCCUCGCCGUGCCUCCCGUCAUCGUCGGAAUUGCCGCCAAGCACACCAACUUUACCCUGGCCGGAUAUCCGGGAUCGUAUCGGCUCAGCGACGAGGACAGCCCACGGGUGCUGCCGGUCGCAAUCCUCUACCUGACCACGGACAUGAAGGCCAUUUUCGGCCUCGUCAGUAUAGCGGCCGCCGUCAUGUCAUCCGCCGACUCCUCCAUGCUCAGUGCCUCAACAAUGAUCACCAGGAACGUCUACCAGACGCUUCUCCGGCCCACGGCAACGGAGACGGAGGUGGUGAUCGCACUGCGUACCACGAUCUGCGCCCUGGGUUCGCUGUCCGUGUUCAUGGCGCUCUCGGUGAAAUCCGUGUUCGAUCUCUGGAACCUGUGCUCGGACAUCGUCUACGUUCUGCUCUUCCCGCCAUUACUCUGCGUGUUUUACUUCAAGGAGACCAACGCAUACGGCUCAGUUUUGGCUUUCAUCGUGAGCGGCGUGUUCCGGUGCCUCUGCGGGGAGCCCUCCAUGAACUUGCCGGUGAUCGUGCGUCUGCCCCUGUACGAUGCGGAAUUGGGCCAGCGGUUCCCGUUCCGCCUGCUGUCCAUGGCGCUCGGCCUGACCACGCUCCUGCUCGGCUCGUACGCGGCCGGGGCCCUCUUUCGCAGCGGUUUGCUGUCGGACCGCUGCGACGUAUUCAGUUGCUUCGUCAAGCCGCCCCCGACGAGCCAGCGCCGCGGGACCUCGAUCGUCGCCUUUGACCACGCCCCCGGAACCGCCAACACGGGAAACGAGAACACGCUCGAGGCCCACACCGGCCCUCGAGAUGUUGCGACCACCGAUACGGCCAGCGAGAGAGAGCCUGCCACGAAGCGAGUUUCCAAGGGCUACUGGGGGCCUUUCGGUGUGACUGAGCUUCCCGAUGAAGCUCGGGACGGCAAGCGCCUGAGCACAAGCAAAUUCCCGUUGGCCUUGAGGCGGAUAAGCUCGCUGAUGCAGUCUGGCUGGGUCCCCACCCGUACUCAGCGCGUUUCGGCCGCCGAUAGGGCCAGCGAGAGAGAGGCUGUCACUUCGGGGCUUUCCAGUGAUAACCGGAGCCUGUCGGCUGAGCUUCCCGACGAAGCUCAGAAUCGGAACCACCUAAGCACGAGGACAGCCUCGUUGGCCGCGGAGCGUAAAAGUGCGCAGAUGCAGUCCGGUUGGGCCCCCACCGACACUCAGCAUGUUUCGCCCACCGAUAAGACCAGCGAAAGAGAGGCCAUUACCUCGGGGGUUUCCAAGGAUAAACGGAGUAUACCGGUUGCCGCUGAGCCUUUCGACCAUGCCCAGGCUGGAGGUGGCCUUACUAGAAAGAAAUCCCCGUUGGCAUCUGACCGGAGAAGCUCGGUGAUGCAGUUGGGUUCUUCCCCCACCGGCGCUCGGCACGUUUCGGCCACCCAUAUGGCCAGCGAGGGAGAGUCCGUCACUUGGGGGCUUUCCAAGAAGAAACGAACGCAGCCGUUUGCCGCUGAGCCUGCCGACGAAGAUCAGGACGGCAGUGGCCUAAAUACAAUGAAAGCCUCGUUGGCCUCGGUCCGGAAACGGUCUUCGGGCAUGCGAUUGAGUCGGCCGCGCGAAUCGUCCAGGGCGGCGGACAAGUCUCAGGGACGGCGCCGCCACGGAGACGAGGACGCCACGCAAAAGUUCUAAGUCUGCCGGCGCCAAGGGCGGCUGGGAGGAAACGCGCAGGAAGCCCGUCUCCAACGAAUCGGACUGAGUGCGGCCAAUUCGCUACUGCAGCGCUCCUGAGGGCACCAGGGAUCGUGAACCUGAGCCCCCACUGUCCAAGAAGGGCUAGAGUUAGAGCAACAUUUUCAUUGUACUCCUUCUUUGUUUUUUGUUUUAAUUUUCUCACACUCCUCCUUGAUGCGUACGCUACAUUUUGGUGACUUUUGUAAUCCUAUUUCGUCAUGUAAUCGUCUCCGUUUAACGUGUCGCAAAAUUUAUUUCGCAACUUUUGACAAAUAAUGGCCCGACAUUUGCAAGGUUCAAAUUUGCGCAUGUACUGCGUCGUGAAAUACGGUGCAGAUAUAAAACUACAGAUGAACUCUUGACAUAACUUGCUUGGCACGCUGCUUGGCGGGUGUGACGGUAUAACUGUUGCGUUUCGAAAAACUUGCGCCGUUUUUUCAACGAUUUCAACGAGAGCGUUGCUUCGCCUACAUGUCUUCGCUUCACCUCCAGAUAUAUGCGUUCUGCAUUUGGAACUAAAUGUGACUGCACCACCGCAUCCCGUACUUUGUAAAUAUCUGCGUAUUGACAAAGGGAACUGUACCCACUUCAACACUAUUUUGAGCCUUAUCUGACGGGCCCAAUUAAGCGUGUUCGUUUUGUCUGAUUCUAUACAAUACUGCAAGAACUUAAUAUUGAUGCGUGUAAUUUUUAGACAGUACAGCUGCAUGUUUUGGCCGUUAAUGGUGCUAUCGAGACAUCGGGUGCUUGCAUGUGGUGACAAUGCAGUGCCUCGCAACGCAAGGUGCCGCAUUCAGAAAGCUAUAUAGUUUCAGCAGCGUCCAUUCUUAGCGAGGCGGCUUUGACAAAUCGGGCGAGUGGAGGACCCAGCGGGACGAGCGAGCAAAUCGGAUAACUUCAAGCCAAUUUUAUUGUAGCGUUAUAUGGGCACAACGAAGCCACUAAAAUUACCUCAAAUGUUGUUUCACAGUGACUAAAAUUGUCGGGAAAACUCUAGAAGCUAACUUUAAAUCUGAACACUAAGCGCUGUAAGCAUAGUUGCAUUAAAUGUCGAGAAAUAACUUCGCAGCACUGUUUCGCAGCACUGUUUUGGAGCAUUCGAGCGUAAAAAUUACUGUAGACCGCCACUUCGUAAGGCGUAACAAUUACGUACUGCAUACUGCAUCCAGUCGAAUCGUGUUAUAACGAGCGAUUUUUUUUUAUGGCGUAGCUGUCUACGAUUUCGCGGAUCGCGUCUGCGCGUAGACCAACACUUUUUCAUACAUGGCCCGUUCCCGAAAAUAGUGCAAUACCCGGCGGACGCACUCCGGAUGUGAAGAGAGAGAGAAUAAACAUUUUGAUUG